AAUCAGAAUAUACUUGCAAGCAGUUCUCGUAGCUCAGUUGGUUAGAGCGUUGAUCUUAUGAGCCGAAGGUCGCGUGUUCGAGUCCCGCCGGGAACAUUUUGAGUUUUUUACUUUUUUUUUCUUUUAUCACCCUUAACUUUUAGCAAAUUUAACAAUUCAAUCCCAAACUAUUAAAUUAUCAGACAGACCCACCUUGUAUUUGAAGAAAAAGAUCAAACACCAUCUUUCACCUUUGGUUGAAAUGUCAAUCACGAAGCUUCAACUCCUCUUUCUCUCGCCAUUUGCUUAAGCACCACUCAUCAUUAACCUUCUCGUGCCUUCAAAGCAAAAAAAAACACAUAUUAAACACCAUAUCACUAUGACACUAUCACAUACUCUGGUUAAGUCUUUAGCCUCCAUCAUCUUCUCCAAUAAAACCUUUUGUUGUUCUGUAUCUGUCAACUUAAUACCGAUAGUCUUUUGUCAUGGGAUCUGGCUGAUUAUUCCAUUCUCUAAUCUUUUGCGAAUGAACAAAUUAGAUCGAGACAAACGUUAGUAAAAAAACUCUGUUUCAUUCUUGUAUACUAGUGACUUCAAAACAUGUUCUUUUUAGGUACCUUCAGAAACAAUAAACCGUUUCAAACCAAUCAAAUCAAGUUCAGUUUCAACUACGCUUACCAUAGAAAUCGCUAUUAUUCAUAUUCACAGGUCUUUCCAAGCUUACUAGAUUUGUCAUUCUCCACAACUAUGGUUCUUGUGAAUUCUUCAGGCGAGAAAAAGACUAUGCAGCUUGUAAAGCGCAAAGAGAUUUAGUGGUGUGAAGUAAGAGUUCUAGCUGGUGCAGCUAGAAAUUGAGUGAUGUGGUGGUUCUUGAACAAUAGAAAUUCUGGCGAUGAUACAUCUGAGAGAAGAGGCUACGGUGAAGCGUGAACGAGCAAUGGCUACUACGACCUGAGACUCGGUUACAUUACUUGUUUGUGUUUCAGAUACCUUGUAGCUCAAGUCACUUUUUUUUUGUAGCAGAGUGCUGAUGCUACACAAUAUCUAGGUCAAGCUUGGUUUAACCUUGACAAAGAAAACUAGGAAUUGAGUUGGAAAGAACAGUGGAUAUAGCAGCUCGACCUUGGGAGAUUAGGGCUCAAUGCCUAGUCACUAAACCGAACAAAUCAGCUAGGAAACCGGAGAUAUUAUCACCCAAUGUGAUCACAAAGGAGACCUCGGGUAAACCGGGUUUUAACAAUCAUAAAGUAGGCUUCGGCAUUUUACCUGGAUCCGAAGACCCGACCCAAAACUGAUCUGAAAACUCUCGAUUCGGAUAAGAAGCGAACCAAUCUUUUUAUCCUAUUAGGUCUUGUUCUGGAAGAUCCUCCAACCAGAUAUAAAUCCAAAACCCGAUGAAUAUCCAAAACUUCUAGUAUAUAUAAGUGUUUUAAUAUAGUUUUGGUAUCAUAGGUAUUUUUUUAAGUUUAGAAUAUGGGUUUUUGGAUAUGGUUUUGGUUUUCAGGUAAAAUUUUAAAUUUUCAAAAAUAUAAUUUAGGUAAUCAGAAUAAUCAAAAUUUGGGUGAGAAUUUAGACAUUUUAGUAUUUUCAGGUUUUUUGUGUGUUUUAGGUAUUUUUAAGCCGGAUCCGACAUGAUCUGAUCCGAACCUGACCGAGAACCGAACCAAACUGAAUCGACAAAUUCUAGUUAUCUCAUUUGAUCCAGCUAUAUAAAACUUCAACCGAUCCAAACUCGAUAGAACCCGAACCGACACCCAAAAAAUCCAGACCCGACAAGACCAUCCGAGGACCGAACGCCUAGACCUCGGUGACGAAAGAUCUUCACCGUUAUGUCAGUUUUUUAAAUUAAUCUAUUUGGGCUUACUCUAUUGGGCCUUCGAUACAAUGAGUCGGCGACAUAACUAAAGUUAUAGAAUCUGAAUCAGGUCUUGUCGCUUUUCGUCUCUCUCUGUCUCCUUCGUGUUCUCUUUCUCUCUGUCGCUUCUAAACAUUCAGAUCGCUAGCUAGCUCUGGUCGUGCGCAUCUAAUUUGCUGCUGUAUUCCUUCUUUUUCCCAGAGCUGAGUUUCUCUGAUUCGCAGUUUAACAAAAAUGAACAAAAGUCCUCGCAUCGAUAUCCCUUCAUCGUCUUCUCCUGCUUCAGCUUCUUCUGCAGAUGGUGAGUUCAAUGAAGACGACAUCUUCUCGAUAGACGUAACUCACACUCCUCCGUCUUCUUCUCCUUCUCAACACCCGCCUGCUCGCCAGCUUCAACGGAGCAAAAGCGGUUUGAAAAACGUGGAAGCUUCUGGUAUCCUCGCCGCUCUUCCCGAGCCUUCUGGUAACAGCUACCUCAACCACGUCUUUCACCAUAAGCCUGCAGCUUCUUCCUCGCCUUCUUCGUCUUCGGCUCGAACCAUUCCCUCAGCUCCUAAACCGCCUCAAGAGAGGCUUCCGUAUACAGCUUCUUUUAUAGGUGGAGGGAAGUUUCCUCAGUCAGCUCCGGUUCAAGUGCCGUUAGCAUCUUCGGCGAUGAUGAAUCGUCAUAAGAAGGAGUUCAAGCUGACUGAUGUGGUGGAUGAGGAUGAGGAGGAAGAAGAAGGUGAAAUGCUUCCUCCACAUGAGAUUGUAGCUCGGUCUUUGGCGCAGUCUUCUUUACUGUCUAGCUCGGUGCUUGAAGGAGCUGGAAGAACACUUAAAGGGAGAGAUCUCAGACAGGUAAGGAAUGCUGUUUUCAGAAGAACCGGUUUCAUAGAUUGAGUUUUUGUUUUUUCACCUUAAGACCAUUCUUUAAUUUGUUAUCCAAUUGGGACCUGUCUUAUUUGGUCACAGAAACUUUCCAAUGUAUGUUUAUAUAUGUUGUGUCUACUUCAUAUCAAAGACUGAUGUGAUAACUCAUGUGUUUAUAUAAUUGUUUUAUGCUUCACA